UUAUUAGUCUUAGUAAUUUAUUAGUCAACAUAAAGACAUGAGUACAUCUGGUUGACAUGGUAUCAUCACAUAGGCAUAAUGCAACAUCUUCUAACAUUAUAAUAAAUACAUAGACUACUGAGCAUGUCACUAAUAAUGGGUUGUAUCAAUUGAAAAUGUAGGCACUGCACAAAACAAAACUACACAAAAGUGAAUAUAAUUCGAUAUUAUUUCGUAAUCCCAACCAUGCCAUCGGAGUAUUACUGGUUAAAUAGUUCAGACGAGUUCGCAAAUGUGUUUUUGCAUGACUACUUUCACAAGAAAGUUCUGAAGAACAAGCUACUAAGAUUCAGCAGCAUGUCGACGUUGACAAAUGCCCUUCCACAUAUGGCUACUUCUUAAUGACAAAUAUUGCCAAGAACGAGGACUAAACUGGCGCGUGCGCAAUACCAAGGCCCGAGUCCCCGAUACAAGAUGGCGGAGAAGGUGGAGAGGGAGGUCCGGAUUGAAUAGAGCAAAGGCUAUACAAGGUUCCCAACAAACCUCUAUAAGGACAGAUGAGAGAUGUCAAGUGAGAACCACGGAACUGUGAAGGGGGACACUGUUUUGGUGAUGUCUCCAACAGGCUCUGCCACACAGGGGUCUCCUGUCUCACCUUCAACUAGCAAGCCCAUGCCAGAGUUGCCAGACGAGCUCGUCUAGGCCGGCUGGUCGAAAUGCCGGAGCGAUAGGGCGACUCGGCCCUACUGGUUCAACCGCUUCACCAAUCAGUGGAUGUGGGAGAUGCCAGUCCUGGGGCAGCAUGAUGUCAUUCGGUUUUCUAGCGGCGCCAACCAGCUGCCCUGUUUGAUCCCGUCUUUGUAGUCCGACCCGCUGGGUUUGAAUGCUGCCUCGGUGGAGGGGGCAGGUGACGCCGGCGUGGGCAACGGGCAGCGCAAGAGACGCCUGUCGGAGGAGGCCGCCCAGGGUGGUCUUAACAGCUUCAAGAGGCCCAAGGUUGAGAUUUGGUAUACCUGUAACCCCAACGACCCCCACAGUGCCCGUCUCACCCAUUACCCCCAGGGCAAAGCCGUGGAACUCUACCACAGGCACAGAGGACAAGCCAGGUCAGCCGGCAUCGGCUCUAUACCGUCCCACCAUAAUAUACUGGGACCUGUACAUUCAGACAAACGCAGUGAUCAGAGAGCGAGCCCCCGCCAACCAUCUACCUCCCCACCCGGAGAUUGAGCUCCAACGCGCCCAGCUCACCACCAAGCUACGGCAGCACUACCAAGAGCUCUGCUACCAACGAGAAGACUCCAACCUCUCCACAAUGGCCAAGACCAGAGAGGAGUCUUUCAACCGCUGGCCCCCUACUGCCCAGCGAUUGUGA